GUCACUUGCGGGUAGGGGUUUUCGUUUCCGGUUCGAAGGUAUCCAACGUGGUGUCUGCUGUAAUUCAACGUGUGGAUCUAGGAAUGAAUGUUUGUGAAAAUUGAAGAAAAUACUAAAGAAAGUGACGAUAAAAGUAAGCGUUUUCUUUAACUGUUUUUAUGUGCAUUAUAAAUCGGUACAUGUCAAUAAUAUAAUUAUUUGCGCAUAGGCAAGCGGUGUUCGUUCAGUGUCCAGCUAGCUAACCAGCCUAAUUGUUUGCCAGAUGGCUAAGUAACGUAGCUGGUUAGUUAGCAGCUAUUUUUUUGAGUUGCUAGUUAGCCAUCUUGUUUAUACAUGUUUCAAAUUAUGACUUGCAUCGCAUUAUGACAGUUUAGCCGGUAGUUAACACGCGGCACGAGGCUAGCUAACUGGAUAACAUCAAUACUGAUUUCCACGCAAAACUCUUGAUCCUCUUUUAAUUUUAGCAUCCAUCUGUUUUCUUAGGUUAGCGACAAUGGGGGAGUUUAAAGUGCACCGGGUUCGGUUUUUCGACUACAUGCCCACUGCCAUCAGAGCUAUGGCAUUCAAUGCCCACACAGAGAAAUUGGCCCUGGCACGAAUGGAUGGGAGUGUGGAGAUUUACAACUUUGCUGACCACUAUUUCCAGGAAAAGGUUAGUAACUUGUUGAAUAAAUGUAUGGCCUAUUCAGAAUGAAAAUAAACAUUAUGUUUGAUCGUUACUCUACAUUUUAGCAUACUUAAAAGGCUUUACAUUUACAUUGUAGUCAUUUAGCAGACGCUCUUAUCCAGAGCGACUUACAGUUAGAGUGCAUACAUUUUUUUUCUUCCAUACUGGUCCCCCGUGGGAAUCGAACCCACAACCCUGGCGUUACAUGCGCCAUGCUCUACCAACUGAGCUACACAGGCUUUACACCUCCUUCCUUAGGACAUUGUUGAUGCUUAUUGUUGAUUAACAAUGUCGACAGAAAUACACCCACGGUUGGUUGUCACACUUGCCAUUAAUUAACACUUGUUUUGGAUCUGCAGGUUAUCCCAGGGAAGGACUCCCGGUCAAUCGAGGCCCUGUGUUGGGUUGGAGGACGCCUGUUCAGUGCUGGCCUAAAUGGAGAGAUCACAGAAUAUGACCUGGAAAACCUGAGACCCAAAUACUCCCUGGAGGCAUAUGGGGGCCCCAUUUGGACCAUAUCCAGCUAUUCUCAGGGGGCACACUUAGCGGUCAGUCACCUCUCUGUAAUAGUGUCCUUUCAAACAUAUUGCACUUUGUGUUUUAUGCCGACUUUAGAUGGUAUUUAAAAUCUUGUAACUUUUUUUUUUUUUUACAUGUUAGAUCGCAUGUGAAGAUGGGACAGUGAAGUUGUUUGAGGUACUUGAAGAGAGCAUUCAGUUUGAGCGCAGUCUGGACAGACAGAAAGGUGAGUGGAACAGAGUACUGAUUCACUUGUCUAAACAUUUGUUCCUUCCUUACAUUGCAACCUUUCUUAAUAUGUUUUGGCAUCCUUGCUGUCAAUGGGGUUGCAACUGACCUCUUCUAGUGCAGCUUAGACUGUGUAAUCCUGUCUUUCAGGUCGCAUCAUAUCCCUCUCCUGGCACCCCUCUGGCACACAGAUUGCUGCUGGCAUGAUGGACAUGAUCUGUGUCUUUGAUGUUCCUACAGGUGAGUUAGGAACAGCCAUGUGAAAAUAUUGUCAGACAGUUAGUGAGCUAACCACAAUACGUUUAAUGAUAGGUUUCCUAAUUUUGACUUGUUUUGAUCCUGACCUCCAGUGUUUGUUGUUUCAGGUCAUGCUGUACAGAGGCUCCUGGUGGACCGGGGCAUUGGAGGCUCUAAGAGUCGGGAGACUGUAGUCUGGAGUGUAGUCUUCCUGUCAGACCAUACUAUCAUCAGCGGUGACUCUGCUGGGAAGGUCCAAGUCUGGGACAGACACACCGGCACGCUCGUCAAAACACACCUGGUGACCAAGUGGGAUGUGCUGGCACUGUCUGUCUCCAAGGUGAGAGGGUGUUCACUGUGAUGGACACUUGGCCUUUACCAUUAUCUUAUCCCUCCUUCCAGAUUGUUGCACUUUGUUUAUUAGGAGGAGCUAGAGAAUGUAGAUGUCUCUUUGAUUUUCUGAAUCCAUAUGUUGCAGAGAACAUGAUUUGUUUGACCCUACUAAUGUGAAUUGGUAGGAUUGACUAGAGUGGAGCUUCCUUCUAGACUGGUCUGUGUGUGUGAUUGACAGGAUGAGAGCAGUGUGGUGGCGGGGACGUCAGAGGGUACUGUGAUCCAGUUCCAGUUCAUUGCUCCUACUCUGCAGCAGCAGGACAAGGAGUGGGUUAGAACCAGGACCUUUAAGAACCACACCCAUGAUGUCAGAGCCCUGGCUGAGAUCGAGACUGCCAUCGUCUCUGGAGGUCAGUACUAAUGCUCAAAUGGAUGAGGAUGAACUGCUACUGUAGUACCAUGAAUGCUGCUUUAUAUUGACUGCAUGACUAAUUCUGGAUACAAUCUCUUCUCAGGUAUGGAUACCCAGCUUGUAGUGAGACCCCUCUUGGAAAAGUUUGAUGAGAGGUCACAUGCUUCGGGACUUCGCAAAAUCCACUUUCCCCAUGUGAGUACAGAAAUAGUAGAAAUUACUUGGGUAUCAGAGCUGUUGCAAAAAAUAUUAAUUGCAUAGAUUGUGAAUAGUGAAUUCAACAGAAUGUUCAUAUUAACACUGAACAGAUUGUUAUAGAAUUGCACUAAAAAGCUUGAUUUGAUCCUGUUUGUACUGUUGUUCUUUUCAGCGGAAUCUAGUAUCCUGUGCAAAGAAGGCAGGGCUACUGCUCUUCCAGUUCCCUGGUCAGCUGGAGCUGUGGAGACUGGGAGAGAGUGAUGGACAUGGUGAGAAGCUCUCACACACUCACUCUGGGAAGAGGGAGAUGGGAGAAUAGUCAAUAUCAUGCAAAUUAUAGUAGCAACUUUACAAAAAAAGGGGAGUGAUUAUCACACUUGUCUAACGGGUGUAGCUGUAUUUGAUGACACCUCUCUCUUCUUUUCAGGGAAGCCAGGAGACAGCUUGCCUCUGAAGAGGAAACCUGAGAAACUCCUCCAUCUCAAGAGAAAGGUAGGUACAUUGCUCUUGCAUACACCUGUUUAUCACCUCAAUCUGUAGAACUAUCCAAGAUCACCUCACCCUUGGGCAUUUCAUUUUAGCUGAUCUAAUAACAGUAUACAUUGAAUUUGAGUGGCAUAGUCUGAGUUUAUGUAAUGUUGAAGAAACCCUGUUUAACUGUAGUUGUUUUGUUAUUCUGUGACGUUUGCCCUCAGGGUGAGGAUCAAAUCUGCUGCAGUGCUCUGUCCUCCUGUGGAGGAUGGCUAGCCUACUCCACUGUGUCCAGUGUACGUCUGUACAGGCUGCAGACGGACAAUAACGACAUCAGUAUUACCAAGGUAGUACCAAGUCUUGAUUGUGGUCUCCAUUAUGUUAGAUACACAAUCGGCCUCCUCACCUACUUUAUCAUGUUUGCCAAAGCGGUUUGCUGAUUUGCUACACAAAUCCCAUUUAAUUGUUUGACUAAUUCAUAAAAUCCUGUUUGUUCUAGUUGAAUGUCAUUUGAGCUUGUUGAAUCUGAUAAUAUAUUGUGUGCUUUCACUCUUCCCAAGGGACAGUCGUAUUUGCAAUCAUUCAAAUGGGCCAGCUUUGACUGGACAAUAAUUUCACUCUAAUAUUUAAUAUCUAAUAUAAUAUGUCCUCUGUAGCUCAGCUGGUAGAGCACGGCGCUUGUAACGCCAAGGUAGUGGGUUCGAUCCCCGGGACCACUCAUACACAAAAAUGUAUGCACGCAUGACUGUAAGUCGCUUUGGAUAAAAGCGUCUGCUAAAUGGCAUAUUAUUAUUAUUAUUAUUUUUAUAUUAUUACUGAGCAUCCAGUAGAUGGCGCCAUUUGUCCGUGCUGUAAAAUGUCAGUUUAAAACUCCAACAUUGCUGGUUGAGCCCGGUCUUGUUCUCCUCUCCUACAUUGUUCAGUUGGAGAGGUAGUCCAAAUCCCUCUCUCUCUCUCCCCCAGGUACCCAAGCUUCCAAAAGUCCUGCGCUCUGCACACCAGCUGUGUUUCUCGUCAGACUCCUUCAAACUGUUUGCUGCCUCCAGCCAAUCAUCAGUCCUCGUUAUUGCCCUUAGCCAAUCUGAGUGCAAGUAUGUGCACACCCUUAAGCCCAAGUCAGGUCAGUGGAUCAUCAGAAAUAUUGGUUAUCUGAUCUCCCAUGUCAACUGGCAAACUGCUUUCUGAAAUUGCAAUUUUGAUGCUCUUCACUGAAAAACCAAAGCUCUGUGCUGGAUAACCUAAUCUCUGUUUUUUGGUAACAUGGCCUCACUCUGCUGUUUCCUUCUCCAGGGUCCAGACAGCCCAUUCACCUAAUGACUAACAGUGUGGAUGGGAAGUGGCUGGCGACAGCAAAUAGUGACUGUGAGAUCCACGUCUACAAUGUACAGAAACUAAAGGUGACUGAGUUUUCCUCUGAUCCAGUCAAGCUCUACAGCUGUUCUGUAACACUGUAAAAGUAGUGUAAUCUGCUACCAAUGACAGCCUCACAUGACCCAUGACCCUAUUCUUGUGUUCCAGCUCCACUGUAUAGUACCUGUGUAUGGUUCCUGUCCCAGUGCCAUGGGGAUCAACCCCACCACCAACAACCUGACCAUGGUGCACGCUGACCAACAGGUAAACACCAUGCCACCUCUCAUACUGCAGCUGCAGAUAUUGGUAUCUCUCAAUAAUACUUUUAACAGGAGUGAUCGUUGAAACUUGUGAUAUCCCCUGUAGGUUUACGAUUUAGUACCCCGACACGUGUAGAUAUGCUGACUGUUCUUUGGUCCAUGUCUAUAGAUAUUUGAGUACUCAAUAGUGGAGAAGCAGUACACAGACUGGAGCCGAAAGCUUCAGAAGCAGGGGCUCCACAACUUGUGGUUGGACCGGGACACACCCGUCACCCACGUGACCUUCAACCCUAAAAACCCUGAACAGAUCCUCCUGCACGACAUGCACAUGUUCUGCAUCAUCGACCAAAGUCUGGUAAGAAACCUGCAUCUCUCCCACAGGCAUCCUUCUUUUUUGUUUUCCUUUAAAGUGUUUAUCCAUCAAUGUCUUUGUCAUAAUGGCCUUUAGCAGUCCUUCUCAGUUGAGCCUUUUCAUCUAUUCAAGGAACAGUGUUGGUUUAGUGGCCUAUUAUGGGUCAUAUUGAAUGUAUCAUUAUAAUACACCUGCUUUUAGUGGCCUGUGAGGUUAACACAGUCACCCUCUACCCCUUCAGCCCCUCCCUGACCAGAAGACCCAGUUCUACAAUCAGAUGACCCUCAGGAGCCUAUCAGAGCAGGAGAGGCCCUGUCACCUCCAUGCUUUCAAAAUAUGUAAAACCUUCCAGGUGAGUCUCUCUGUUUGGCCAGGUAGAACCCAAACUGGGACAAUAUCAGGAUUCUGUUGAAUAUAUCUUAUAUACAGUAGGGGUGUAACGGGACACGUAUUUGUACCAAACCAUUCGGUAGGGGGACCUCGGUUCGGUCUGUGAACUGUGAACCCAAAUUAAUACAUACAAAUAAAAACACUAAGCCUAUGCUUCAAGUAAAUCUGAGUUGGAAAAUUGUUUCAGGCUAUUCUGUUGAAACAACAAGACGUUGUAUAAAAAAUUCUCAUCUUAAUUGGCACAUUUCAAACUGUCCUUUUGUGAGGCGCAGCCGGGAACUAGUUCUACUAUGGCGAGUGGUGGGGUCGAUAAACCAGGAGGAAGAUUCUCCAUUUUUAAAAUCUCCAGUUUGGGGAAAAUGUUGACUUCUUAGUAGAUUACAACAGCGAUGGACAGAGAUUUGUGGAUAAAACAUUAACAGUAUGUCGCCACGCUCAACAAGAAUAGCCUAUGCAGCUGCCAACACCUUAAAUAUGUUGGCACAUUUACACCGACAUCACGGCAGUAAUCCGGAACAAGACUGAAGCGCAAAAAAACAACACAACAUCGUCUCCCCUCUGCAUUCAAGCAGCUGAUUCUGACUGGGCCAAAUAAAUUACAAGAGCGAUAGGUAGGCUAUAUUUAUAUAUUUUUUACAGUCUUUGGUUUAUAGCCAUGGAUAUGCGCCUAUUCUCGGUGGUUGAGAAUAGGUUUCAGCACCUCGUAAAAGUGCUCGAGCGACGUUACGAACUUCCCUCUUGCACCCAUUUCAGCGAACCGGUAGUAUCCGCUCUAUAUAAGCAAACCGAAGGCAAAGUUUUCAAUGAAUUGUGCUUUCUUAACAGUGACAGCCCAUCACAUUACCCCAGAGUGGAGAUGUACUAUGCUACAGACACGGCCCCUUAAUGAGAGUCACAAGUGCGCAUCUGGCACUGAGAGAGGCAGUGUCAUGGUGCAUUCGUAACCAAGUGGAAAUUUACCCAAUACGACUGGGAAAAAUCCACUUGAACGGCUCUCCAACUGGUAAUUACUAAUGGGGAAACUCGUUUAGCAUUCUGAGCACCCACUUCUCCCACAUGGUGAGCUCUGACGUCACCUGCUAGGGAAAUUGCCUCUAUAACAGCAUUUUUGGCAGUUAAUGUAACAAAACUCUAUUUAUAUAAAGCAAUCAAAUGUUUUUUUUUACUCUUUAAUUUGUUUACAAGCAUGAUAGCUGUACUUUUAGUUUAUGGUUGGCGCAGCUUGUUGGCCAUUAGCCAAUCUGCGUUUCUCAAUGAGUUCAAAUCACAUGAAUGCAUCCAACUGGUAUUUACGAUUUCACAACUAGUAAAUUCCCACCUCCCACAUGGUUACAAACACAGCAUCAGAGUGGAAACUUGAGAGGCCCAACAUAUCAAUCCUGUCACAACAGACAAUGCCAGGAACGUUAUGAAUGCUGAACAUUGUGAAUGGCAUUUAAUUUUCACGCUGUACCGAAACCAAUCCGUGACCCCAAAACCGCAAUACGUACUGAACCGUGGGUUUGGUGAACCGGUACACCCCUAAUUUUCAGUAAUGAGAUGUUUAGAUUCUAUAAAUGUGAUAAUGGGUCAAAUCAGUAUGUCUCUGUUCCUAUGAUAUGUGUCCUGUGUAGGACUUGCUGUCUGUGAGUUUGCUGGAUGACCAGUCUCUGGUGAUGGUGGAGCGCCCUCUCCUGGCCAUCACAUCCCAGCUACCUGCUCCCGUCAGACAGAAGAAGUUUGCCACAUAAACAUGAGGGAGAAGUGUAUUUUUGUUUGUCUGUGGCUGCGCUUGUAUUCUCUACCCUUCUCCCUGAAGUGGGCACACAUUCAUUGGAUUUGAAAAGAUUGCGACUGCUGUGACCAGGUGCACAUUUCAGGAGCAGGGAAGGGAAUCGGAGCACAGUCUGUCUCUCUUCACCCCUGACCCAUGCUUUGUAAAGACUGUUUGAUACAGUAAUAAAUGAAAUAUUUACUGUAA